AAAAGCAGCAGGGGCCGGUUUCUCUUGAUGCAUUUGGUGAUGAAGUCUGCAGCUUUGGCAGGUGCCUUGGAGGCUGGAGUGGGGGUGAAGCUGCAAGUGCUUGAGCGCUGUCUUGUGUGGCUCAGAAGAGGAAGGAGAUCUAGAAAUGGGGCAUGCUGUCUUUGACGUGCAUUGGGCAACUUUGUGGCUGGGCAGCUGCUGGCCAAGAGCAGCUGAAGAAGAGGCAGCCUGUGGGCAGGUGGGCAAGAAGGCCAAGGGCAUGGUGGCCUGUGUCAGCAGCAGUGGGGCAGCAGGAGCAGGGCAGGCAGCGUGGCCCUGUGCUGGGCAGCGCUGCGGCCGCAGCUGGAGUGCUGAGUGCAGCUGAGGGCCCCUGGGAAGCAGAAAGCCCUUGAGGGGCUGCAGCGUGUGCAGAGAAGGAGACGGGAGCUGGGCAAGGCUGUGCAGCACCAGCCCAGGGAGGAGGUGCUGAGGGAGCUUCAGCCUGGACAACGAGAGGCUGGUGAGGGACCUUCAGGCAGACUGCCACCAGUCCCUCCAUGACAGUGCUCAGCACAAGGGCCGUUUCUUGACCAAAGAUGCCCUCAGUGCAUGCAAGUGCUUUAGGCACUGGAGUGGGUGACACUUGCAUCUUGUGGGUUUUUGGCUUGUGGUUUUGUUGGGAGAGGAAGCCCUGCUCCUUUUCUCCUUUCUCCAGCAAGCAAAGAUGCUUCUGCACAAGGUUUCCUGCUGUUUUGCAGCACCGGAUGAGAUUGUGAUCCCGUUGUCGUUUUCCACGUCUGCAGCAGCAAUAGCAAAGGCCUUGCUGUCUCUUUCGUCCUUUGCCAUUUCUGAGCUUUCAAGAUCUACAAGCUUCAUUUGGCAGAGACAGCAACGUUGCUUGCUGCUAGCAGCCAGGGAGGAAGAUCAACUUCUUCUGCAUCUAGAGUUCUGUUGACUUGGCCCAUUGGAAUUUGGUCGGUGUGACUUAGAAUGCCGUGGCUAGGAAAUGUUGUGGUUUCUCCUCAGAAGAUGUGGGGCUAGAUCUGAAAAGAAAGGAGGUUGUGAUUGAUAGGUCAGGGCCUGUCCCUCACGCUUCUCUCUUGCCACAGAUGACUGGAGCAACAGCCGUCUCUGCCCUGGCUCCCUCUGCUCCUGGAGAAGAAGCCAGCGAGGAGCAAAUGGAGGGAGAUGAGCGCAAGCCUCCAUCCCUGGUCCCAGCAGAGCCUGAGGAUUGCGAGCCAGUCCUUCUAGAGAAAGAGCAGGAGCAGGUUGCUUCAUCAGAGAUGCCAUGCCAGACUCUGGGAGAGCUGUUCCCAGCCCGAGAGCAGGAAGAGCAGCUCAGGCAGCAGGAGGAAGAGCCCCAGGAGAAUGGCCAGGACACCAAGGCAGAGCCACAAGCAGAGCUGCCUGAAGCUCAGAGUGCCAUCAUGGCAGUGAAGAGGAGGAACAAGGACGACAUGAGAGGAAUUCAAGAGGAGAAUCUCCAUCAGCACAGAGGCGAUCAACAAAACCAGGUGAGUGAAAGAGUGGCAGCCACUCCACUCAUGAAACAUCCCUUCUGUUGUUUUUUAGAGACCAUGAAGGAAUACAUGGACGCAGAGCUUCAGAAAGUUCAUGCUAGGAUGGACGCAAGGGAGAAGAGGCUGGGGGAAGAAAUGAAAAUCAUUGGAGAGAAAGUUAAUCAGCUCGCUCAGGCUCUACAAAAGCAAGUGCAAGUGUUGACACCUUACCAGCCAGCCUGUGAAGACUACCAGCGAGCGUCUGGCAAGGAAGAGCCCCAAGUUUGGCGUGAGGCACAGAUCUACACGGGCUCUGUCACCAAGCCUGCUGCAGCAGCAGCAGCAUUGUCUAAAGGAGCCUUUGCUCCCCGACCUGAGAAGUGGAGCCAGGGCAGUUUGCUCACCUCCCGUGCUGACCCAGCUGCUGCUCAGCGGCAGGAGAUCGAGGGUGACUCCCUGGAGCUGCUGAAGAGAAUAGUUAACAACAAAAAUCCCACGAUGAAAUACACUGAACUGGCAAAUAUUGGCAGUGGGACUUUUGGAGAAGUGGUCAGAGCACUUACCAAUGCCACAGGAAAAGAGGUGGCCAUAAAGAAAAUAAACCUUCAAGCACUGAGGAAGAAGCAGCUAAGAGUCAAUGAACUCAUGGUCAUGAACAUGAAUGAGAAUCCCAACCUGGUCAACUAUUUAGACGGCUACUUUGUGGAUGAGCAAUUCUGGCUCGUGAUGGAGUACAUGGAUGGAGGCACUCUGAGCGAUGUCAUCAGCAGGACUUACCUGUCUGAAGAUGAGACGGCAGCCAUCAGUCGGGAGUGCCUGCGGGGACUCAAUUUUCUUCACUCAAACCACGUGAUCCACCAAGAUGUGAAGAGCGAGAACAUCCUUCUCAGAACCGACGGCUCUGUCAAGCUGGCUGACUUUGGCCUCUUUGCUCAGCUCAGGCCUGAGCAGAGCAGACGGAGCUCCGUGGCCAGCACUUCUGGGUGGAUGGCGCCUGAAGUGGUGACAGGUCAACCAUAUGGCCCCAAAGUGGACAUAUGGUCUUUUGGAAUCGUGGGCAUCCAGAUGGUGGAACGAGAAGUUCCUUACAAGAAUGCAAGCCCUGUUUUGGUUAAAAUCCUGACAGCCAGAGGGGAGAGACCACAGCUGCGGCAGCCCAACCGAUUCUCGCCUUCCCUGUGUGACUUCCUGAGCUGCUGCCUGCAGAGAGACGAGACGCGGCGCUGGUCUGCCGAGGAACUGCUGAAGCAUCCAUCCUGGCACCAGUCAUCAACUUCGUCAAGAAGGAGAAGAAGAAGCAGGAGAGAAGAAUCUAGCAAUCAAGAUUUAUCUUCAUGAGAAACUUAGAGUAGGAUUCUAGUGUAGGACUCUAGAAUAGGAUUGUUGAGUAGUUUUGGUUUAUAGAGUAGGUUUAUAGUAUAGAUUUGUAGA